CGCCAAACGAAAUUAUAAGCGAUAAACUUCCCUAGAAAACCACCGCGGCUCGGCGCGAAGGCAAAGACAGCAGAUGGAUCCCCUAAGCAUCGCAACCGGCGUCCUCGGAUUCGUUAGUUUUGGGUUCAAGCUGGUUUCCUUGUACCGGCAAGCCCACCAGCAAUUGGAUGAUGGCCGCCCCGUAAAGUUGACAGAUUUGGAGAAGGGACUGGAGGAUCUGGCGCAGAAUGCGGCCGAUGCAAAAACCAUGCUUGCCAACCUCAAUUCGAGCUACCCCCAGCAUUCCAAAUCGAUCGAUCGCUUGUCCGAAGAAUGCGACCUGGCCCAUCAUGAGCUGCAGAAGCUCGCCAAAGGCUUCACAACACGUAGCGGCGGGGGUCUCAGAGCUCAAGGGGCCCGGAUAACGGGCGCUUUACACUCCCUUUGGAAGUCAAAGGACUUCGAACAGAUUGAGGGACGAAUGGGUUUGAUUCGACAACAGAUGGUGUUGGUCUUACUUUUGUGUACCAUGGAUUCCGUUCAAAACCACAGACAAGAGAGCGCCAAUACAAUUGAGAGCAUUGAGAAACUCAAAUCCGCCGUCGACAACUUGCAGCGCAACAUUCAUGGGAAAUAUUCUAACGGGUCGGCACCUACAUCUCAUUUGAGCGACAGCCUGAAAGAUGGAUUGUGGGCUUCAAUACAGGUGGCAUUGCAGGGGAACAAUGAUUCCUUGUCAGACCAAGCCAGCAUACUUACAAGAAACGACCCAGCCAUCAACGCCAACAUCCUAACGAGUCUUGAAUUCGACGACAUGAGAGCCCGAAGAAAUCAGGUUGAAGAACCGUUCCCAAACACCUUCCAAUGGCUCAUGGCCGACCCCAGCCAGAACGAUGACGAAUCGUCUGAGCCUCGAGCUGAGCCAACUGGCUUCAAGGAGUGGCUUGAGUCUCCCACCAACGAAUCUCCUUUUUGGAUCACAGGUAUUCCGGCGUCAGGCAAGAGCACACUCAUGAAGUUCAUCUGUACGCACCCCGAUGUUCGAGGUCAUUUGCAGAAGUGGUGCAACAGGCGUCAACUCGUGACCUGCAACGUCUACCUUUGGAACGCAGGCACCACAUUCCAAAAGACCCAGACCGGACUGCUACGUACGAUAGUACACGAAAUUCUCGCAAAAAAGCUCGACUUUUGCAGAAUCGCGUCUCCUGAGCGUUACAUUUACUACCAGAUGGCAGGGUCGGGCGUCCCAGCACCGCCCGAUUGGAGCGUACAGGAGCUCCAAGGUGCCAUCUCCAGGCUCGUAUCAAACUUCAGCGAGCAAUGCCGACUGGCUCUAUUUAUCGAUGGCCUGGACGAGUAUGAGGGUGACCUGAAAGCGCUUGUUGCAUAUCUCAAGCAAUUGCACCGAGAGCACGACAUCAAGCUGUGCGUUUCCAGUCGCCCAUGGAACACCUUCAGAGACGAAUUCGUCACCUACCCAUCCCUAAAGAUGGAGAGCUUCAACAAGGAGGAUAUUAAAGAGUACGUGCAGAGAAAAGUGGCAAGCAGUCCUGCCAUUGAGGAACUUCGGCGAGUUGACAAGUACAGCAUCGAGGAACUGGAGUCCAACAUCAUGGACAAAGCCAAGGGCGUCUUUCUCUGGGUGGUCCUGGUGCUCGACAAUCUUCUGAUAACUGCAGAGGACAACAAUGACCUUGCAGUGAUUUGGAAGCUUUUCAACUCUCUACCUCCGGGGCUCGAAGAGGUUUACGACUCGAUAACAAGGCGAUUGAGCAAGUCACAGCUGGAAGGGGCAUCCAAGAUGUACCAGCUACUCUUCCAAUGGCGCGAGGUCUCAAGCAAAAAGUUUCAAGCUUGGAACUUUUGGAGGGCUAUCAAUUGUCAAAAUCCUGCCGAGCUUUUGCAGAAGAAAGCGCACGAUGAAUUGACGGACAUUAAUUCAGCACUCGAACGAAGGGUGGGGGGCUGCACUGGAGGCAUGCUGCAGAUCACUGACCAUCAUGUCGACUUCCUUCACCGGACUGUGUUUGAUUGGUUGGGAGACAGACGAGCUGAGAUCAUCAGGAACGGGCCACCGGACUAUGAUGCAAGCUUGAUUCUCGCGUCGCUCCUCGCUUCGAAUUUGAGCCCAACGAUCGAUCUCGGCGAAUUCUAUAGUUUUUAUGCUCGUAUUAGAGACGGAUAUCACGACAGUUCUUUUAUAGUUAACGUGUUGGAAAGUGCAGCAGCGCCUUCGAAGGUAUUCACAUUUUCGGGGCAGGAAGUGGGUUCGGGGGAGUUUAGCAGCCUCCUGGUUGCAAUACGUCAGGGCUAUACACACUAUCUCCGGGCCAAGUUCGACUUGGGCUUUGAUAUAACCGGAUUUGAACCGGGGCGCUGGGGUUUCUUAUCAAAAAUUCUAGGGUCGAUGCCGCUGCGCCCCAACAAGAAGAAUAGGUUGGGUCUGAUCUGCGAAGCCGCACUUGGCAGCCUCAAAUUCGAUCCCAUGGUUGACAGAUUUGAUUUCGAGUAUACCGAUACAGUCAGGUCCUACAACGCUAAAAUCAAGACGACCGAACUUCUUUUGAGGGAAAAAUGCAUACCCGUUAGAACGGCGAGGAAAAUUGUCGCGAGGAAGAUUAAAAAACGAGAGUGGCCCUUGGAGUAUUGGAGGGCUAUCUCGGAUGGCCUUCUUGGGAAGGGGUUUUCCGAACUGGCAGAUAUAGGAGCAAUGCGCCGCUUCAGUUUCACUCCCAGCAUCGUGCAUUCUUAA